GUACGCAACGCAGCGGGUGACAAAGCCACAAAAUGACCUCAAUAAAAUGUCUUCUGGUGUCAAUAUGCUUGGUCACCGUACAGGCAAGCACAGAUGAUCCCGGACCAUACAAAUUUGAGCAAAGCUCACCAACAGCCGCUCCCAGCAGUGACCGAGGAUAUGUCAUGAAAGAAGUAACUCUAUAUUUAACGCCAAGCCAGAUCCGGGCCUUAGAAGCGAGUCAAGCUGAAAAAAGCCAAAAACAAAGCCAAAGCGUAAGUGAACAAGAUCUGGAGAAGUUGGAUGCUGAAAUAAAAAGACAGCUGGAGCAACAACACAUUUUUUACUAUAAAGACCAAAGUGAUGUUCAAAAACCAGCUUCAAACUUACAUAAUGCACCACCACCAGUAGAAGAACCUGCUAACGAAAACGCAGCCGAUUUUUUGCCAAAAUUCCAGCAAAGCUGGACACCGAUACCGAAGAUUUCGGACGAUCUCAAAUAUUUUGCGCCUUUGGAAAAAUUAAACCAGCAAAACCCUAACACAAAGUUCCCUGAAAGUUACUCGUUCAUAAAGAUUUACACCGAUGAGAAAGUUCAUGAAACUCCGAAGCUCCAACUGUUCCAUCCGAUACCUCAUCAACAUCCAGACAAUGACGAAUUAUCAAAACUUUUUGAAGUUCAACAGGACCCGUUACAUAAGAAGCAGUACAAACUUGUCCCGUAUGAAUAUUUGCCUGACUACUCACCCGAGGCUCCAAAACCUGAAGAAGUGAAGGAAAUAUCAAAAUUCGUAACUGAAUUUGACAAGUACGAAUCUCCGUAUAAUCGUAAACCUUCAAACCCACAAGUGACAGAAGAUAAUCAAGAGGAGACAGCUACCCAGAAAGAUGAUUCUUAUUAUCAGAAAUAUACUCCUAGUAUUGAGGAUCACAAGCAAUCAGCUGAGUAUCAAAAGUUUGUGCUCAAGUUGGAGAAGGAAAAUGCCUUGGCUAAAGCUCAAGCUAUCCUGAAAUCCCCUCCAGUGGUUAUAAGGAAAGAGGUCACCACCAAACGACGCCCCAUUAUUGGAGGGAUUAGACAUGUAAGUAUCAUCCCAUCUUUGCCUACUGAAAAACCAAUUCUUCGACACGGCUGGAAGCACUAA